UGUUUAACUGGAUCACUCUGAUCAUGUUGUGUUGUAUCCGUACAUUUCAUAUAUUUCUUGAUGCUGAUUGGCUGUUUUAAAACAUCUUUAAAACAUAAUGUGAUUCUACCAGGUAUCAAAGUAUUUUACAGUGAUUUAAACAUGUUAGUGUCACAGAGUUUAAUCUCAGCUCUGUUCACGUAAACAGAGAAUGUGAGGACUGGUCUGACAGCUUGGAUCAGUCUUACAGUGUAUUUCUCUUUUCCAACACUGAGGAGUGAAGUUCAUCUUGAACAGUUCAUGAUUCAACUCAUGCUGCAGCAUCUUUUCUCCAUGUUUCCAGAGUCUUAGUUCUGUCUCCUCAGUCAUCAGACCAAUACAACAUGUUGUUUAGUAUUUAAAGGUGAAGAUAAAUCAUCAUGAUGAUCAUUAUGGACACUUUCAACAUAACUAUUUGAUGUUUGCUGGCUCUAGAAAACAUGGACAGCAGUCUGCUGAUCCAGGGAGGAUCCUUCAACAGAAACAUGAUUCUCCUGAACACAGCUGUGUGUCCAUGAAGAGUGACCGGUCUAUGGGUGAACCUUAUAACUUCAAAGAUGGACACCAGUCUGAUGAUCCAGGGAUCCAUCAGCAAAGACCAGAUCCCUCUGGAGUCACAACUGUGUCCAUAAAGAGUGACUGGUCUAUGGGUGAACGUAUUAACUUCAAAGAUGGACAGAAGUCUGCUGAUCCAGGACGUCAGCAGCAGAUCUCAGUGGUUUCCAGUCAUCAGUCUGAGCAGCAGCAUCACAAAGACCUGGACUCCAUAUUCAUGCUGCUGGAGGAGAAAAUGGUCAGUUUUAUGAAGAAGGAGCUGAAGAAGAUCCAGAAGGUUGUGAGUCCAGAUUACCCAGAAUGCUCAGAGAGUCAGAGGGAGGAUGAGGAGGUGUUGGAGGGUGAGGAUGAAGAGCAGAGGAGGAGCAGCAGAGAUUUAUUGGUGAAGAUGACAGUGAACUUCCUGAGGAGAAUGAAGCAGGAGGAGCUGGCUGACUGUCUGCAGAGCAGAACUGGUGCUGCAGAGUGUGGACGUAAAGUUAAAUCUGAUCUAAAGGAGAAGUUCCAGUGUUUGUUUGAGGGAAUUGCUAAAGCUGGAAACUCAACCCUUCUGAAUGAGAUCUACACAGAGCUCUACAUCACAGAGGGAGGGACUGCAGAGGUCAAUGAUGAACAUGAGGUCAGACAGAUUGAAACAGCAUCCAGGAAACUACACAGACCAGAAACAAGCAUCAGACAAGAAGACCUCUUUAAAGCCUCACCUGGAAGACAUGGACCAAUCAGAAGAGUGAUGACAAAGGGAGUGGCUGGCAUUGGGAAAACAGUCUUAACACAGAAGUUCACUCUGGACUGGGCUGAAGACAAAGCCAACCAGGACAUCCUCUUCAUAUUUCCAUUGACUUUCAGAGAGCUGAAUGUGGUGAAAGAGAGAAAGUUCAGCUUGGUGGAACUUGUUCAUCACUUCUUCACUGAAACCAAAGAAGCAGGAAUCUGCAGCUUUGAAGACUUCCAGGUUGUGUUCAUCUUUGACGGUCUGGAUGAGUGUCGACUUCCUCUGGACUUCCACAACACUGAGAUCCUGACUGAUGUUACAGAGUCCACCUCAGUGGAUGUGCUGCUGACAAACCUCAUCAGGGAGAAACUGCUUCCCUCUGCUCGCCUCUGGAUGACCACACGACGUGCAGCAGCCAAUCAGAUCCCUCCUGAGUGUGUUGACAUGGUGACAGAGGUCAGAGGGUUCACUGACCCCCAGAAGGAGGAGUACUUCAGGAAGAGGUUCAGAGAUGAGGAGCAGGCCAGCAGCAUCAUCUCCCACAUCAAGACAUCACGAAGCCUCCACAUCAUGUGUCACAUCCCAGUCUUCUGCUGGAUCACUGCUACAGUUCUGGAGGAUGUGUUGGAAACCAGAGAGGGAGGAGAGCUGCCCAAGACCCUGACUGAGAUGUACAUCCACUUCCUGGUGGUUCAGGCUAAAGUCAAGAAGGUCAAGUAUGAUGGAGGAGCUGAGACAGAUCCACACUGGAGUCCAGAGAGCAGGAAGAUGAUUAAGUCUCUGGGAAAACUGGCUUUUGAUCAGCUGCAGAAAGGAAACCUGAUCUUCUAUGAAUCAGACCUGACAGAGUGUGGCAUCGAUAUCAGAGCAGCCUCAGUGUACUCAGGAGUGUUCACACAGAUCUUUAAAGAGGAGAGAGGCCUGUACCAGGACAAGGUGUUCUGCAUCGUCCAUCUGAGCGUUCAGGAGUUUCUGGCUGCUCUUCAUGUCCAUCUGACCUUCAUCAACUCUGGAGUCAACCUGAUGGAAGAACAACAAACUACAUCUCUGUGGCCUAAAUUACUUGAAAAACUAACACGUCUCCAUCAGAGUGCUGUGGACAAGGCCUUACAGAGUCCAAAUGGACACCUGGACUUGUUCCUCCGCUUCCUCCUGGGUCUUUCACUGCAGACCAAUCAGACUCUCCUACGAGGCCUGCUGACACAGACAGGAAGUAGAUCACAGACCAAUCAGGAAACAGUCCAGUACAUCAAGGAGAAGAUCAGUGAGAAUGUGUCUGCAGAGAGAAGCAUCAAUCUGUUCCACUGUCUGAAUGAACUGAAUGAUGGUUCUCUAGUGGAGGAGAUCCAACAGUCCCUGAGAUCAGGACGUCUCUCCACAGAUAAACUGUCUCCUGCUCAGUGGUCAGCUCUGGUCUUCAUCUUACUGUCAUCAGGAGAAGAUCUGGAUGAGUUUGACCUGAAGAAAUACUCUGCUUCAGAGGAGGCUCUUCUGAGGCUGCUGCCAGUGGUCAAAGCCUCCAACAAAGCUCUGCUGAGCAGCUGUAACCUCUCAGAGAGAAGCUGUGAAGCUCUGUCCUCAGUUCUCAGCUCCCAGUCCUCCAGUCUGAGAGAGCUGGACCUGAGUAACAACAACCUGCAGGAUUCAGGAGUGAAGCUGCUGUCUGCUGGACUGGAGAGUCCUCACUGUAAACUGGAAACUCUCAGUCUGUCAGGGUGUCUGAUCACAAAGAAAGGAUGUUCUUCUCUGGCCUCAGCUCUGAGCUCCAACCCCUCCCAUCUGAGAGAGCUGGACCUGAGCUACAACCAUCCAGGAGACAAGGGAGUGAAGCUGCUGUCUGCUGGACUGGAGGAUCCACUCUGGAGACUGGACACUCUCAGGAUGGACCAUGGUGGAGAGCAGAGGUUAAAACCUGAUGUGAGGAAGUAUUUCUGUGAACUUGAAGUCGACACAAACUCAGUCAGUAGAAACCUCAAACUAUCUGACAACAACAGGAAGGUGAUAUAUGUGGAGGAGGAGCAGCCAUAUCCUGAUCAUCCAGACAGAUUUAUCUGGAAUCAGCUGCUGUGUAGAAAUGUUGUGACUGGUCGAUGUUACUGGGAGGUUGAGUGGAGCGGAGGGGUUGAUAUAUCAGUGAGUUAAAGAGGAAUCAGACGGAGAGGAAACAUGAAUGACUGUGUGUUUGGAUGCAAUGAUCAGUCCUGGAGUCUGAGCUGCUCUGAUCAUCGUGGUUACUAUGUCUGGCACAAUAACAGAGAAACAUCCGUCCCCUCGUCCCCUGUCUCUAACAGAGUCUCAGUGUAUGUGGACUGUCCUGCUGGAACUCUGUCCUUCUACAGAGUGUCCUCUAACAAACUGAUCCACCUCCACACCUUCAACACCACAUUCACUCAACCUCUCUCUCCUGGAUUUAGAGCCUGGUCUCCUGGUUCCUCAGUGUCUCUGUGUUCUCUGUAGGAAGGAAGGAGAGUCUUUAAAGUGACAGCAGCUUCAACUCUGCUUUAAAUGUUGAUGGUGGAUUCUCUUUGGUUCACAGAUGAAUCACUGACUAUGAUUUCAUGUCAGAAUAUGUUUUAUCUCAAAUGAGAUGAGAUGAGAUGAGAUGAGAUGAGAUGAGAUGAGAUGAGAUGAGAUGAGAUGAGAUGAGAUGAGAUGAGAUGGGGGUUAUCUUUACACAUGGUUGUUUAAGAAAAUGAGAGGCUCCUCAUUGCAUCAGUUGGUCUUAAAUAACUUGUAGAACUAAUGAUCCACCAGGAGGCACUGGACUAUGAGCUCAGUAAGAUCCAAGUGAUGAGUUCUUUUUCUGACCAGGCUGUGUGUAAUGCUCAUGUCUAUCAUUAUGAAUAUAACUGAACCAGUAUCAUCUACUAGUACUGGUUGAGAAAGAAAAUUGUGUGUAAGGGCACAUGGUAUGCAGAACAUCGUUACACUUAUUCCACUUGGUAAAAUUCACAGUUUGUUUGUAAAAAGCUUCAUUAUUUAAAAAGAAAAAAAAAGAAAAAAAAACACUUAGAAGUAAGGGUCUAAAAUGGGCAAAAAUAAAAAUAGGGGAAUUCUGAAGCUACUGGUGUGAUAUUAGUGGAUAACCUUUGGAAAAAUCAAUAAAAGGUACUGGAUAUCAUCACAAUGUUAAAAGCAAAAGCAAAAAAAACGAUGGGCAUUUGAUGCGAACAGCCACACACCCCUGCAGAUAAGAUGAGGCCUCCUAGAUUCUAAGGUCACAAAGCCUCAGCAACAGUGAUGAUGACAAUUUCUAAUGGUGUAAUUGGUUAAAAUGUAGGGGAUGGACAGAAGGUGUGACCUGUGAAGUCCCCAAAUUAUACAAGACGAGAACAAAGGCUUUUACACUUUAGAGUGGGAUUGUGAGAACUUCUGUGCACUGUAAGACUGCUCUCCUUUGUUGAUGGCAAUAAAGACCACUCUGAUGCUCUGAA